AUGCCCGAUACCGACGCUCAGACGCGGGCCCUCGGGACCCCAGAGAUCGUGGCCUCAAUCCUGCACCAGAUGGACAUGCGAACGCUGAUCACCGCCCAAGGAAUUAGCCGCACGUGGAAAGAUCUGAUCUGCACCACGCAGUCACUACAGGAGACUCUAUUUCUCCGACCAAUCAGCCAUGAUCUCGACCUCAGCACUCGAGUCGAGAACCCGCUACUGGCAGAAGCUUUCCCAUCGAUUUUCGAUAAUGAAGAAGGCGAUAUUUGUCUGACCGAUCUUACCUGGGAGAAAAACCCAGCUGUUCGAGAGAUGUUCAUCCGACCAGAAGCCAGCUGGCGCCGCAUGCUCACGCACCAACCGCCUCUCUAUCGAGUUGGGACAUUCAAAUCCCGGUGUUCACCCUUUGGCUGGAGUUGGAGUAAGAAAAAGGCAAGUGUUCCAGAAGGUGGGCUCCGAAUGGCGCCGCUUUUUGAAUUCCUGAUUGAUCGUAGCUGGCAGGCCUGGGCUUACGGUGAGUCGAUCGUUGCUUCUUUCCCGGCUUCUUUGCCUGGUGGACUCCUCAGGUCGAAUAGUUCCAAGAGUUGGAAUGAAGAGGAGCGAGAUUGGAAGGAAAUGGACGGGCAGUUUGAUCUUGUGUUAGAGAUCAGCUCGAGUACGACUUGUACGAGUGAGGAGGAUUAUGAGGAUGGUAUGAAGGAGAUGGAGGAGGCUAGGGAGAAGGGUGUUGUGUUUCCGGAUACCGAUUUAACUGUUUGGAAAAGAAUUUGUGAAUGUUAUCAGGAGUUAGGGUUGAAGAUGGAUGGGUUUAAGCUGGAGAAGUUUGACGAGGCAAGAGGGAUGUGGGACUAG